AUGUCUACCUUGACUACGUUCCCACCUGAAUCUUCUGAAUCCGGUAUCCAAACUGAAUACACCACCACUUGGACUACUACCAACAGUGACGGUUCUGUUGAAACUGAUUCUGGUAUUGUCAGUCAAUCCGGCUCAUCCUUGACUACUUUGACUACGUUCCCACCAGCCUCCUCAUCUGCUGAAUCCGGUAUCCAAACUGAAUACACCACCACUUGGACUACCACCAACAGCGAUGGUUCUGUUGAAACUGAUUCUGGUAUUGUCAGUCAAUCCGGUUCAUCCUUGACUACUUUGACUACGUUCCCACCAGCCUCCUCAUCUUCUGAAUCCGGUAUCCAAACUGAAUACACCACCACUUGGACUACCACCAACAGUGACGGUUCUGUUGAAACUGAUUCUGGUAUUGUCAGUCAAUCCGGCUCAUCAUUGACUACUUUGACUACGUUCCCACCAGCCUCCUCAUCUUCUGAAUCCGGUAUCCAAACUGAAUACACCACCACUUGGACUACCACCAACAGUGACGGUUCUGUUGAAACUGAUUCUGGUAUUGUCAGUCAAUCCGGCUCAUCAUUGACUACUUUGACUACGUUCCCACCAGCCUCCUCAUCUUCUGAAUCCGGUAUCCAAACUGAAUACACCACCACUUGGACUACCACCAACAGCGAUGGUUCUGUUGAAACUGAUUCUGGUAUUGUCAGUCAAUCCGGCUCAUCCUUGACUACUUUGACUACCUUCCCACCUGAAUCUUCUGAAUCUGGUAUCCAAACUGAAUACACCACCACUUGGACUACCACCAACAGCGAUGGUUCUGUUGAAACUGAUUCUGGUAUUGUCAGUCAAUCCGGCUCAUCCUUGACUACUUUGACUACCUUCCCACCUGAAUCUUCUGAAUCUGGUAUCCAAACUGAAUACACCACCACUUGGACUACCACCAACAGCGAUGGUUCUGUUGAAACUGAUUCUGGUAUUGUCAGUCAAUCCGGUUCAUCCUUGACUACUUUGACUACGUUCCCACCAGCCUCCUCAUCUUCUGAAUCUGGUAUCCAAACUGAAUACACCACCACUUGGACUACCACCAACAGUGAUGGUUCUGUUGAAACUGAUUCUGGUAUUGUCAGUCAAUCCGGCUCAUCCUUGACUACUUUGACUACCUUCCCACCUGAAUCUUCUGAAUCUGGUAUCCAAACUGAAUACACCACCACUUGGACUACCACCAACAGUGAUGGUUCUGUUGAAACUGAUUCUGGUAUUGUCAGUCAAUCCGGCUCAUCCUUGACUACUUUGACUACCUUCCCACCUGAAUCUUCUGAAUCUGGUAUCCAAACUGAAUACACCACCACUUGGACUACCACCAACAGCGAUGGUUCUGUUGAAACUGAUUCCGGUAUUGUCAGUCAAUCCGGCUCAUCCUUGACUACUUUGACUACUUUCGUACAUGAACCAGAAAGUUCUUACCCUAGUAUUUGUAAGAGAGAUGGUGAUGAAUGUUUGUCUGGAUGUAGCAUGUCUACCUUGACUACCUUCCCACCUGAAUCUUCUGAAUCUGGUAUCCAAACUGAAUACACCACCACUUGGACUACCACCAACAGCGAUGGUUCUGUUGAAACUGAUUCUGGUAUUGUCAGUCAAUCCGGCUCAUCCUUGACUACUUUGACUACGUUCCCACCAGCCUCCUCAUCUGCUGAAUCCGGUAUCCAAACUGAAUACACCACCACUUGGACUACCACCAACAGCGAUGGUUCUGUUGAAACUGAUUCUGGUAUUGUCAGUCAAUCCGGUUCAUCCUUGACUACUUUGACUACGUUCCCACCAGCCUCCUCAUCUUCUGAAUCUGGUAUCCAAACUGAAUACACCACCACUUGGACUACCACCAACAGUGAUGGUUCUGUUGAAACUGAUUCUGGUAUUGUCAGUCAAUCCGGCUCAUCCUUGACUACUUUAACUACCUUCCCACCUGAAUCUUCUGAAUCUGGUAUCCAAACUGAAUACACCACCACUUGGACUACCACCAACAGUGAUGGUUCUGUUGAAACUGAUUCUGGUAUUGUCAGUCAAUCCGGCUCAUCCUUGACUACUUUGACUACCUUCCCACCUGAAUCUUCUGAAUCUGGUAUCCAAACUGAAUACACCACCACUUGGACUACCACCAACAGCGAUGGUUCUGUUGAAACUGAUUCCGGUAUUGUCAGUCAAUCCGGCUCAUCCUUGACUACUUUGACUACUUUCGUACAUGAACCAUAA